CUUUUCCGAAGGGACGUUACUCUACUUUCACAGAGGACACACGGGUGAAGUGAAAAUAAUAUUAAGAGAUGGCAAAUCUUCCGGCAAUAAUGCAUGAUGAAGAUGAAGAGGAAUUCAUUGACGAGACCUUAGCGGAGAGGUUAAGCGGUCUUGCAGAGAUGUUCCCUGAGCCGGUUAGGAGGUCUUGUGGUUCGGCUUCCCAGUUCACGUGGAGCUCCGUCAAGGUGUGCUUCAGUUAUGGUCGGACAGCUGUGUGGACUCUCUCAUCCAUAUUUGCCAUUAUGUUCCUGCCAGUUCUUUUUGAACGGGAAAGAGCAUCAAUGCAAGAGUUACAGUUACAACAACAAAGACAGAUCCUGCUAGGUCCCAAUGCAGCAAUGUCUGGCCAGAAUAUGAUGGGAGGGGGGAUGGCCCCAGGACCAGGGAUGAUGCCCCCACCCCCUGGGCCCCAGUGAUCAUACUCCUCAUUUGUUUUGUUGUACUGUGUGUGAUAAAAUAUGUAGUUUUGUGAUGACCAAUUCAAGUUGACCCCGCCUUGUUGUGGAUGAGGUUUGAUUUGAAAAUUUGAGUACGCUGUUCAAACCAACAAUACUUACAGCAUUGCAGUCCUGCAACCAAUUGUUUAACUUUUAUAAAGUUUGUCGGAUUAUGGUCAAAGUUUAUUGAUUGGUAAUAAAUUAUUUAUCCAUUAAUUACUAUCAACCAAUCAUUUACAUUUGCGAACUGGCCAAAAGAUAAGCUAUGGAAAAUUAUCCAAGUUUUAUACAGUAAGCUGCGGUAGCCGGUAAGGAAACUGUUAAUUGGCUGUUUUAUGGAAACAAUUUUGUGUUAAGUGUAGUAAAAUGUGAAAAGGCUUCAGAAGAAAUGGAAUCUAGUUUUGUGUAAGACAUCUCAUGAACCGCAAUGUUUCAUUUUUAUCUUACAUAACUUUCAAUAGUUAUAAUAUGUAAUAAAGAAAUCAAAACUAUAAAA